AUGUCUAAGCUACCGAAGAUAGCCCAGCAAUGCAUGUCCGUACUUUCAACCUUCGCUUCGGCUGUCCUCUUCGCUUCGGCGUUCGUUCUGGCCUUCCUCAUACUCGAAGGAUACCACCGCAAAAUGGACGUGGAGUACCACGAGCACGGUGACUCGGCCGACGCCUCCGGCAGGCUGCACCAUCGUCACCGCUUCUGGCGCGACUCCGACGGGGCCCUCCACGCCGCCGACCCUCACCACCGCCAGGCACGAGACCCUCCGGAAGGGCUACCGGGUACCAGGAACGGCACCACUACCGCUCGCGGUGGCAGCGUCGCGCCACGCCUGGACGCCUGCGACGACUUCUACGAGUUCGUCUGCGGCAAUGGCGGCUUGGACAGGGAGGGAGAACUGCUCAAGGAAGUUGACGCGCCCAGACGGCCUUACAUCAACCAGGUCACAGAAACGCUCCUGAACAACCUACAAGACACGUUCAAGGCGUACCGUGAGGCGGACCCUUACAAGGACUUUCCCAGCAUGUUUAUCAAUCAAGCAGCCAAUUUCUUGCCUAACUGCACGGCCGUCUACAGCCGCAACGGCAUGGGCUGGGACCCUUUCCAGGACAUCCUCGAAGACAUCGGCCUGGGCCGCUGGCCGUCACGGCUGCCCGAAAACAUCAGCAGCCUUCCAGCACUCGUCGGCAAAGUGGACGCCGCGCUGGGCGUCUUCCCACUGGUCGACGUGACCGUGAAGAACGCGUACGAAUCCAAAUACGCCGUGCACCUCGACGUCCCGGCGACGAUCCUCAAGAGGAGCCAGACGUGGUACACGUCUUCGAACCUCACGGAGUACGCCGUCAGUAUAGCCAAAGCUCUUAUUCAGAUGGGCUCCCUGAAGGUGGCAGCCGAGGUGCAGGCCGCCGAGAUAGUCGGAUUAGAAGUCCAGCUGGAGGAGGCCGUCAGCACGCGGCAGUUCGAGCCUCCGCCCUUCAGGACGUGGACCCUGGACAAACUUCCACACGGCCGCGCCUGGGAGUGGAAGGCGUACUUAACCGCGCUGUUCAAGAACUUUCCGGCCGACGAAGAGGAGUUCGUGAGCGUCGAAGUCCUGGCACAGCAGUAUUUAGAAGAACUGGCCAAAUUUCUGGACAACACGAACACCUCGCGCAUCGUCUUCUACGUUGGCUACAGGGUGAUGGUUCACCUUUCAGCCGUGCUACCCGACGUAGUGGAACAUUUUACGCCGCUUAGCUUCGACGGCAUGGUGCCCAGCGCCAACUUGAGGCUGCAGGCUUGCGCGAGGCUCUUAGAGCUGGUCUACCCGCAAGGUACGCGCACUUUCCUCCGCAUGUCCCUGGGACUUCCCGAGAGCGCGCUGCGGUACGACACGCGCUACGACGCCGAGGUCCAGGAGGUCUUCGGCGACCUCAACCGACACCUACAGAUGGUCGCCAAACGCACCCCCUGGUACGACCCGGUCGAGCGAGUCGUGGCCGUCGAGAAGCUCAAGGGCGUCAAGUUCACCUUCUUCGGUACUGUCCAGAACCUGACGCCGAUCGCCGAGUACUACAACCUCAACGUUCCCGUGUUCCGUGGGACGCGGCUGCUGGAGGGCCUGUACAACAUGCUCAUCAACAGCCGCCGCACCUACUACCGGCCGCAGACGCGUUCCCGGGACUGGGACAACCGCUUCCACGCGUCCAGCCUAGCGCUGGGCUACGAGUACAUGCACGGUCGCAACGCGCUCUUCUACCCGUACUCCAACGUGGCCGCUCUCAACCUGACGGCAGGCGGCAAGUUGCGCGCGCUGGACAUUCCCGUGCUGGGCGCGCACAUGGCGCGAGGCCUGAUGGCAGCCAUCGACGAGCGCGGAUCCUACAUCGACCACAAGGGACGCGUUCGCAGCUGGUGGAGCCACGAGACGGCGGCCAAGUACCGCGUCAUCCGCGACUGCUUCUGGAGCCAGUACAAGCGUGCCCUGGAGGAGAUUCUGCGCGACGACGUGGACCUGAUACGCACCAUAGAAGACGACAUAGCGGAUAACGCUAUCAUCUAUCCGCUCUUCAGGUACUACAUACGGCAGGCCAAGCGCACGCUGGCCGUGGGCUCAGGGCGGAUGCUGCGCAGGCUGUUCUUCGUGCAGUUUGCGCGCGCCCACUGCUACCGCACGAACGACACGCGCUACGAGCGGCGCCUGGCGUUCUUCGGCGAGACGCCACCGCGGCUGCGCGUCAACUUGCCCCUGGCCAACUUCAAGGCCUUCACCGAGGCGUUCGGCUGCCAGGAAGGGGACACCAUGUACCCCCGCAAGGAACGCUGUUCCCUCUGGUUCACGGAAGACGACAGAUAA